CAGCCAAGCUUUAAAGGCGGAGAGUGGACUGGAGAAGAAACGUGAAUGAGGACGGGCGUGAUCAUGAUGUUGCACGUUUGUCUGCUGCACAUUCUGAUAGACACGUGGAAGAUGUCGAUUCAGACUCGGAGCCGAUUCAAGACAUGUUGCUGUGGGUUCUGUCCAGCUUGCUGGUGCUGUUUAGUACCGUUGACUUGUGGUAUUUUGUGAGAGGAGCCUGGGCGGUUCUGAAGUAUCUGUUCCAGGACCCGGUCAGAGACGUGCUAGCCGAGCAGGUCGUCCAUGGCCGAGUUCUCCCCCACGACAUCGAUUACAUGGGCCACAUGAACAACGCUCGCUAUCUGAGGGAGUGUGACUUCGCCAGACUGUCUUAUUACACACGCAACGGGAUGUUCAAGGCCUCUCACACACUCGGAGCGAGGAUGGUGGUCGGAGCCUCGACCAUCCGCUACCGACGGUCACUCGGACUCGGAGAGGCGUUCGAGCUACGGAGCCGUAUCGUGGCCUGGGAUGAAAAGUCGUUCUUCAUGGAGCAGCGCUUCGUGUCCAAAUCCGACGGCUUUAUCUCGGCUGUCAUACUCUGCAGGCAGAAUGUUAUUCAUAGCUCACCUGAUCAGAUUUUGCAGCAUGUCUGCAAGAGAAAGGUGGAAUGUCCUGAUAUCCCAGAAGACCUUCAGCACUGGAUCAAUUUCAUCUCAGCUAACAGUCAGGCACUGAGAGCAGAAUGCGGCUUAGACGAGAAGACCAAGUGAUGAUGGCAGAACGUCUCGUAUUUAUCUAAGCACAUUUAGUUUAAUAUUUACGUUAUGUCAGUAUGUUAGAGGGGAGAAGAGUCAAAUCUUGAAGAGGGAAUCACAGAGCCAUACACGGAGACUAGGGAUGCAUCGCUACUGAGUGUUGAAUCAAUAUUCUGCUCAUUUACUCAUCCUCGUAAAAAACAAAACAAAACAACAAAAAAGCUGUAAUACCUGACAUGGACCUAGUGUGCGUUGUCAUGGUAAUGAGUGGACGGUUUGAAAUAACGGACCUCGGUAGAAAGUUACCUCCUACAGCAUCUUUUGAUUAUACUGCUAACCUGAAAAAGCACUACAAGGUGUGUCCCAGAUCACUGCCUUAUGCACUAUUCUAUAGCAUUUUGCAGUAUAAAUAGUGUGAGUAGUGUGUUUACACUGAAAAUUCCAACAAGAAGUAGUCCCGGAAAAAACAAAACAAGCAUGGAAUCUUCACGCACGCAACGCUCGCAGCUUCGCUUACGUAGUGGGGAAAAGGGGGCGGGGCUACCAGGUGCAUGUUGAUUUUGGAUCUUAAGAGCAAAAUUUUCAGUGUUGAACAUCUUACUUCACACUAUUUAUACCAAGUAACAGCUAUAAAAGAAAUAUACAUACGAAUGAGUUACAAUCGUAACCGGGGACGAUUCUAGGAUUUUCAUUUAAGGGGGGGGGGGCUCUUAGUAAAAAAUAAAUAAAGGUUUGACUUUAUUUAUUAUAAUAAUAAUAACUUCAAAUGAAUGAACAGAAGAAAAUGUUGCAAGUAUUCAAUACAUUCCUCUUUUGCAUUUAUUUUCUUCACUUCGUUCGUCUUUUUGUUCCCCUGCAUAUGAUACUUUGACUCUGGGUAUUUGGCUAAAGCUAGCGGCGUCGCGACGUCGACUUAGCAACGGUUUAUACUUUUACGCUUACUAAAAAAAAAAAAGUCGUUUAUGUUCCGUUUGAUACGAUUCUAUCCUUCCAAAA